UGCACAUUCACAGACAGACAGACACACAAACACACCUGGAAGUAAAGAGCAAACAGUCACUAGACUAGUAACAGACAGGUGGACAGGUGAAGGGGAAAGCCUUGCAAGCAGACUAUGAGACAAACUACAGGAAGCUCAAAGUGCACUUUUUGGAUUAUUUUUAUUCCUCUAAUCAAUGUGGAAUAACUGACUGAUAACGUUUUGGGGUCUCGUUUAAAAAAAAGAAGUUUGUCAGCGGUGAGGAGGAUUCUUUGCUGUUUUAGUUCCCUCUUGCUUUCACUAUUUCAUGAAAGGAGACAUAAAAAGGAAGGAAGGGGAGAGCAAGUGAGAAAACGACAGAGAGGAGGGGACAGAGACGUAUACAGUCUCGGAGCGUCUCAGAGAGGUGUCAGUUGUUUUCAGAGGCAACUGAGAAGAAAGAGAAGAGACAACAUGGUUCGGUGGUUUCACAGAGACAUCACUGGCUUGGAGGCCGAAAAUAUACUCAAGAAUCGAGGCAUCCAUGGCAGCUUUCUGGCUCGACCUAGCAGGAAGAAUAUCGGAGAUUUCUCUCUGUCUGUCAGGGUGGGUGAGCUGGUGACACACAUCCGCAUCCAAAACACAGGAGACUACUACGACCUGUAUGGCGGCGAGAAGUUUGCCACCCUGUCAGAGUUGGUGGAGUACUACACGGCAGAGAACGGCAUCCUACAGGACAGGGACGGCACCAUUAUUGAGCUCAAAUACCCGCUCAACUGCUCUGACCCCACCACUGAGAGGUGGUACCACGGUCACCUGUCCGGGCCCAAUGCAGAAACGCUCCUCUCUGAGCGAGACGAGCCGGGGACCUUCCUGGUCAGAGAGUCACUGUCCAAACCCGGGGACUUUGUCCUCUCUGCUCUGACGGAUGAGAAGGGCAAAGCAGGUAGAAAGCGGGUCUCUCACAUCAAGAUCAUGUGCCAGAAUGACAGGUAUACAGUGGGCGGCUCAGAGAUGUUCGACUCACUGACAGAUCUGGUGGAGUUCUACAAACGUAAGGGCAUUGAGGAGAUUUCCGGUAACUGGGUGCAUCUCAAACAGCCGUAUUACUCCACCAGAGUGAAUGCAGCAGACAUCGACUGCAGGGUGAAAGAGUUGAAUCAGACCAAACAGCAGGAGGGCAAGGAAGAAAACAGCAAGGCGGGCUUCUGGGAGGAGUUUGACGCUCUGCAAAAGUUGGAGGCAAAGGUGAAAAGGAGCAGAGAGGAAGGACAACGACUUGAAAACAAGAGCAAAAACAGAUAUAAGAACAUUCUUCCCUUCGAUGACACCAGGGUCAUCCUGCAGGACGCCGAUCCCAGUGUUGUGGGUUCAGAUUACAUCAACGCCAACUACGUCAAAAAUAACCUGUGGGAGUCCGGAGGUCAGAAAAUGUACAUUGCCGCUCAGGGAUGUUUAGCAACAACUGUCAAUGAUUUCUGGCAGAUGGUAUGGCAGGAGAACACGCAUGUGAUCGUCAUGACAACGAGAGAAGUCGAGAAGGGGCGGAAUAAAUGUGUGCCAUACUGGCCAGACCUUCAUACCUCCAAGGGGUUCGGGCGCUACGUGGUGAACUUUGUGUUGGAGAGAGAAGCUGUGGAUUACAAAGUCAGAGUUUUGGAAAUCUCUCCUAUGCACAUGCCAAAGCACUCUCGUCAAGUAUGGCACUACCAGUACCUCAGCUGGCCUGACCAUGGUGUCCCUCAGCAGCCAGGUGGCGUCCUCAGCUUCCUCACUGAAGUUAAUGUGAAACAAGCUGAAAAUUCUCAUGCUGGACCCAUAAUCAUCCAUUGCAGCGCUGGCAUUGGAAGGACAGGCACAAUUAUGGUGAUUGACAUGAUCCAGGAGACCAUUGACACUCAGGGUAUGGACUGUGAUAUUGACAUCCCAAAAUACAUCCAGAUGGUGAGGGAGCAGCGCUCUGGUAUGGUGCAGACAGAGGCCCAGUACAAGUUCAUCUACCUGGCUGUGUCCGAGUACAUACAGUCCACCAAAGCCACAAACAACGCCUCCAUGGAAGUUGAUACUGAGUAUGGAAAUCUGCAACUCAAACACCCGCAAGUGAGCAGGAAGGUCUCAAAGCAAAAGGAUGAUGUUUAUGAAAAUCUGUCAAAAGGAAAGGACACAAAGAAGCCAAAGUCGGACAAGAAAAGCAGCUCAUUGCGAAAGAAAUAGGAGUUAUUUUAAUUCCCUAACUGUGUCAUGUUAUUAUAUUUAUGCAAGCAUGUGAGUUGUCUCUCAGUGAAGACCUAAUGCAAUAAUAAAUUGCAGGUUUAAAUAACUCAAUGGCAUCUCAUCUGAAUGAUGAAUGUCGUUAGAAAUAAAGACUGAAAGUGUGUCUAA